AUGAGGGACCCCUACUUUGAUCUUGGACCAUGCCGUUUUACCGUGACAACCAGCUCCCCAGAUUGUCAAGCCUGGUUUGAUCGCGGGUACAUGUGGACACAGGGCUUCAAUCAUGAUGAAGCAGCCCGUUGUUUUGAGAAAGCCAUUUCUUUCGACGAGAACUGCGCAAUGGCAUACUGGGGGCUUUGCUAUGCAAAGGGACCCAACUACAAUAAGACCUGGAUACGAUUCGAUGCUGUCGAUCUAGAGAAGACCAUCCGUGACGUGAAGCAAUUCUUGCAAAAAGCAAUGGAACUCGCCCAAAUCGUCAGUGCAUCGGAGGCAGCCUUGAUCCAUGGCUUACAGUAUCGAUUCCCACAUGAGUCCGCUGGGUGUGAUUUCGGUUCAUUGGAUCGAAGCUAUGCCGACGCCAUGUGCAAUGUCUACGAAAUGUAUCCUUCGGAUGUCGAUCUGGCUGCUCUUUGCGCGGAAGCAUUGAUGUGUAUCAGCCCUCGAGCCUUGUGGGAUAUUGGUAGUGGCAAACCCAGUGGCCCCCAUACCGAGCGAGCGCGUGAGAUCAUCGAACGUGCUAUGGGAUUGCCUGGUGGAAAAGAUCAUUCUGCAUUGUGCCACCUCUACAUCCACCUCAUGGAGAUGUCGCCAUAUCCGGAGAUUGCUCUGCCGGCUGCUAAUCGGUUGCGCUUGUUAGCCAGGGAUGCAUCUCAUCUGCAGCAUAUGCCAACGCAUAUUGACAUUGCUUGUGGUGAUUAUAGUAGGGCAAUUGAAUCAAAUCAUCAGGCUACACUUGCCGAUGACAAGUUCUUUGCUCGUGCGCAGGCAUCUCCUCUUUACAACAUGUAUCGUGCGCAUAAUAUCUAUGUGAAGAUGUAUAGUGCAGUGAUAUCUGGUCGUUUCCAGGACGCCUACUCCUCAGCCACAAGGUUACCUGAGAUCUUGACGCCAGAACUUCUGGCGACAUCUAGCCCCCCAAUAGCAGAUUGGACAGAGAGCUACCUUGGGGCAAUUGUGCACGUUCUGGUCCGCUUUGGAAAAUGGCAUGAUAUCCUCCACAAUCUACCUAUCCCCGCGGAUAGGAAAACCUACUGCUCCACGACAGCCAUGAUCUACUACGGCCGCGGUAUUGCCUUGGCAGUACUUGGUCGAGUCGAAGAAGCCAAAAUGGAGCAAAGUCAUUUCGAAGCCGCCAGGACUCUUGUCCCAAGGUCUCGUCUCAACAGCUUGCCAGCAGUGGAAGCCGAUGUGCUUCAAGUGGCAUCCGCCAUGCUCCGCGGUGAAAUCCAGUACCGAGAAGGCGAUCACGAGUGUGCGUUUCGCACUUUGCGAGAAGCCACUGCUUUGGAAGAUGGACUACCAUACGCAGACCCACCACCUUGGAUGCAGCCAACUCGUCAUGUAUUGGGCGCUUUACUUCUGGAGCAAGGAAGGAUUGAAGAAGCAGAGCUUGUCUACCGGGAAGAUCUGGGCAUGAGCAGUACCUUACCCCGACGCCUGGCAAGGUUGAAUAAUGUCUGGGGUCUACAUGGUCUUCACGAAUGUCUUGAGCGUGCAGGGAAGCAUGAAAUCGUGCAGACUAUUCGAGUUCAAAGGGACAUUGCCUUGGCUUUGGCAGAUACCAAGAUUGUCGCUUCCUGCCUUUGUCGCCUUUCGGCUGUCGAGGAUGGCGCCUUGGGAGAGAAAUCUCACUGCCGGUCGAAAUGUUGCUGA